GUGGCCAAGCGCCUCUCGUCCCAAAUCCUCCAAACUGGUGAGAGAGCCUCCUACAAUCCGAUUAAAGCGAGGCGGAGCGAGCGAGAUCUCUCCCACUCCCUCUCGCUCUCUCUUAUUCUCGAUCUCGCUCUCGCUCCGUGUUCUUGGGAACCUUCGUCGUCGUGGGCGAAGAUGGGGUUCUUGUCGUUCGCUGGGAGAGUUCUUUUCGCCUCGUUCUUCGUCCUGACCGCUUACCAGGAUUUUUCUGAGUUUGGACUUGAUGGUGGGUCGGCAGCUAAGGCCUUAGCUCCCAAAUAUGACCUUUUCAUGAAUUAUGUGUCCUUGCAUUUGGGAGUUAAAGUACCAGAAGUUGAUAUUAAACAUAUUGUAACUGCUACCAUAGCUCUGAGAGGGCUUGGAGGCAUUCUGUUUAUCUUCAGCAGUUCGUUUGGAGCUUAUCUUUUGCUUUUGUAUCUGGCAUUGGUCACGCCCAUUUUGUUUGACUUCUAUAACUAUGACAUUGAGAAGCGGGAGUUCGUACAACUUUUUCUCAAGUUUACACAGAAUUUGGCCCUAUUUGGCGCCACACUUUUCUUCAUUGGGAUGAAGAACUCAAUGCCAAAGAAGCAACCCAAGAACAAGACUCCCAAAACGAAGAUAACAUGAAACAAAGCCGGGGGCUGGUUGAUGUAUUCGGGGAAGCGGGUGACACCGUGGUGAUUUUAUAUUCACAGACAGUUGCCUCUACGAAUCCACAACAGCCAUUUCAUUCUGUGCUUAUAUUAGUGUUCCUUUUUUGUGUGUUUUUUGCCCUCUUCUUGUUUUUGGGAGGUGUUUGCAGUCAGACGCUGCAUCUGAGAUGUGAGUGGCAGUGUAGGAUUAUGUUGUAUAAUUCAUUCCUUCAGUUUGAUCAAAAAGAGCAUAUUUGUAUCUUGAGGUUGUCCUGAAGUAUGAAGAAAGGUUUUUGUUUUUGGUAUUUCUUUGUGGAUUAGUUUGAAGCUUUGGACCUGCAGUUGAAGAGAAGUGGGUAGUGUUGUUUAGCCGCGCCGUGGGGCUGGUAAUGCGAGGAUUGAGUUAAGAUGUAAUGUGGGUCACUUUUGUGAACCUUCAUGACUUUUGCGCCAUUAUAUUCCAUUCCAAUUUGUAUCU